AUGUUUGUAUCUCAGGGAGGAAUGGAGGCGUGUCUUUACUGUAAACAUGAGUCAGGAAGAACUCCCUAAACUCUUCAGUGCAGAUUAUUUACGCCUUCUUUAACAGUAUUUUCUUCAAAUCUAAACUUUUCACUCGACUCUGACUUUGUCCUCGAUACUGCUGGCACCAUGACAGUGUUUGAAAACUGUACUGUGGUGUUAGAUGUCAAAAAUCUGCCUUUUAAAGAGAAGAAUAAACUGAGACUAGCUCUUCUGGAGAAUGGAGGAAACAUCUCAUAUGUCAUCAACAAAGAGUGCUCUUUUGUAGUCACUAGCAGUGUGAAUGACCUGAGCAGUAACCGGCAGCGCAGCAUCCAGAAGCUCCAGAUCCCAGUGGUCGGGACACAGUAUGUGUGGAGCUGUCUGGACCAAGGGCAUCUCCUGCCUUUGACGGAGCAUGAUUUGGCCCCACAGCUGGCGUAUCCCGGCUCUCAAUUCCUUCCCCGUUCAGAGGUAAAAGAGUCGACACACAAACUAGAAAAAGAGAAGUUCAAAGGUCACACUGAAAUCACAAAGACUGAGCUUGAGAAGGGUGGACCCCGUCCUGACAGGUUCAGAGUUUAUAAAGAAGGCGACCAUGGGCUGCCUGAAUUUCCUUCUUAUUUUCAAGUAGCCAAGUAUUCGGUUUUUGAGAGGGUCAAACCCAAGGCUUUGUCUGUUUUGGAGCUGCAGAGUGCCAAAGGCCGAGCAGGCCAGCAGUAUCGUGUGUUGUGUUCAGUCUUGCGUGAAGCUGAGACCGCCGUGGUUCAAGACAAGCUUGUGUUCUGCGUGACGUCUGAAGAUGCAGUGGAAGCAUAUCUGCAGCUGAUGAAGGAGAUGGAGACAGAGGGAUUCACAAAGACACACACACUUCCCUCUGAGGUUGAGCGCUUGGCAUCCUACAGCCUGCAGCAGCUGCUGUUGGAGGAGAAGCUGAACUGCAGCACAUUAUCACAGGAAGUUGGUGUCUUCGUGGAGCUGGUUUGGACUGAAGCUCUCGGGUCCCUUAGUAACAUCCUGACAGUCCCUGUCUCCAGAAUCAGCCUCAAUGAUGUGAGCAGGGUGGAGGGAUUGUUACUGCAGGCACAAAAGACGGAGAAAGAGGAUGAAGUCAAAGCCCUGCUGGAGGAGGUCAACACUCUUCUACCCCUCAGAAUGAUCGACCCUCCUUCCAAACACAAGCUUGUGUCUCAGAAACUAGACCUUUGUCAGCUGAUCAGAGAUAUUGUAAAUGUCAGUGAGGCCACUCUGGGAAUCCCCUCGGUCUCAUCUUUGGGAAAGUAUCGAGCUCUGAGGUGCAGCAUUGAGGUUGUUCCACCACAAAACCCUGAGUUUCAUGUUGUCUCUCAACUGCUUCAGGACAGGCCUGUUCAGAUUCAGCAGAUACUGCGUGUCAGCAGAGGGGUGGAGCUUCAGAUGUUUAGGGAGGAUUUAGGCAACAUUAAACCCCUCCUCCACUCCACUAGUUCCAGCAGCUUUGUUGGAAUACUGUCACGAGGUCUGCUGCUGCCCAGGGUUGGAGUUGAACAGCAUGGGAUCGAGAGAACGGAUAUCGGGAAUCUUGGAGGAGGAAUCUACUUCAGUAACUCUGUAAAGACUAGUGUGAAAUACUCCAAGCCCAGUGUAACUGACGGCUCUCGGCUGCUGUUGGUGUGUGAAGUGGCGUUGGGUCGGUGUAAGGACCUGCUGAAGAAAGACACCACUUUGACUUGCGCUCCUGACGGCUGUCACAGUGUUCACGGAGUCCGACGCUCUCCCAGCAGACUCUCUGACUUUGAGGAUGAUGAGUUUGUCGUCUAUAACACAGAGCAGAUCAGAAUGAAGUAUGUGGUCCAGUACAGUCUGGAGGGGGACGAGUUAAAAGAGUUCCAGCCUCAUAUUAACACUCAGCUCAUGCAGAUCACGGACACAACCGCUGAUGUCUUGUCCAGUGAUGACGGUGAGGGUUUGGAGUCCACUAAGAAUCCUCUAGAGGAGAUGAACGCAGGUUUGCUGGACAGCAGUGGUCAGAAACUUCCUCUGCAGGCUGUCAAUGUGAAGUGCAAGCUGAUGGACCUGCUGUGUCAGGUCAUCAUUUUUCAGACCUACACAAACCAGAGUGCUGUUCCCAUUGAAGCAAAGUAUGUCUUUCCACUGGAGGAGACGGCAGCAGUGUGUGGAUUUGAAGCCUUUAUCAAUGGAAAACACGUCAUUGGAAAGGUAAAGGAAAAAGAGCAGGCUCGUAAGGAGUACAAGCAAGCCAUAGAGAAAGGCCAUGGAGCCUACCUGAUGGACCAGGAUGCACCUGAUGUAUUUACUAUCAGUGUGGGGAAUCUUCCUCCUGGAGCCACAGUUCUGAUCAAAGUGACGUUCAUCACUGAGCUGCUGGUCAGAUCAGGCUCUAUAAUCUUCUCACUGUCCGGCAGCGUGGCACCAUGGCAACAGAGUGCCGCCCUUAAUCAGACAACUCAGGCAACUGUUGAAAAGAUUGGUGUGACGGAGCUUCAGUCAGAGGGAGAGUUUUCUCUGUCUAUGUCGAUUGAAAUGCCUUAUGAGAUCAUCAACUUGAGCUCUUCACACCGCAUCAAAACCAAGAGGACAGACUGUAAGGCAGUGAUCAGCACGUUACCGGGACAGACUCUGGGAUCUGAAGGGUUACAGGUGUCCUUCAGUCUUUCUAAUAUCCACAUGCCCAGGAUGUGGGUCGAGAACCAUCCGGAUAAAGAUAGUCAGGCCUGCAUGCUGGUGUUUUAUCCUGACUUUAAGUCAAUCGGGGUGUCCAGCUCUGGAGGUCCGUCCAGUGUGAGCGAUGUGGUCAUUCUACUGGACUCCUCCAAGUCCAUGCGGGGAGACGCCAUGCUAAACGCUCGCAGGAUUGCCCUUCAAGCCCUCAAAUCUCUGGAUCACUCACUGAAGAUCAACAUCAUCUCUUUCAGCACUGAUUACAAGGAAGCGUUUCCUGCACCAUUGCCUUUAUUUGAGGCAUCUGAAGCAGCCAGAAAGUUUAUUAUGUCGUGUAGCGGCUCUGGUGGCAGCACUGAUCUGUGGCGGCCUCUCCGGAUCCUGAGUCUGCUGCCUCCCUGCCGGGGCGUGAGGAACAUCCUGCUGCUCUCUGAUGGACAUGUUCAGAACCAGCCUCUGACCCUACAGCUGGUCCGAGAAAACUCCUGCCACACGCGUCUCUUCACCUGCGGACUCAGCUUGACAGCCAAUCGUCAUAUGCUCAGAGCUUUGGCUCAGGCAGGUGGAGGAACAUAUGAAUUUUUUGACACAAAGAUGAAACACACUUGGACAGAGAAGGUGCGUGCUCAGGUUGAGCGUAUGGAGUCUCCAGGCUGCAGAUCAGUGGCAGUGAAGUGGCAGCAGUUUAGUCCCACAGCGCCCCGUCCUGUUCAAGCCCCUUCACAGCUUCACGCCCUCUUCAGUGACUGUCACUCUCUGGUGUACGGCUUUGUGCCUCACUGCACUCAGGCAACACUGUUUGGUGAUUUGAGUGGACAAGAGAUCAAAACCAUGGUUUCCACCACAGAACUACAAAAGACAAAAGGAACUUUCCUUCACAAGUUAACAGCAAGAGCGAUCAUCAGAGACUAUGAAGAUGGCAUACUAGGCAACAGUGAGGCAGAACACGAGGGGAAGAAAGCAGAGCUGAAGUCCUACAUCAUUGAGCUCAGUAAAGAGUUCUCCAUCUUGUCCCAGUUCACAAGUUUUGUCGCCAUUGAAGAGAGGGACCAGAAUGAGCUUGACACUGGAUUCACAGAUAUUCCUAAAAUCAUAUCAGAAGAGGAUGUGGAUAUUUUACCAUACAUGGGCUGGACUGAAGAGAAGCUGGAGACUGAAGCUGUGCAUAUUAUUGCUGCUGAAGAUGAUGAUAUGGAUUUAAUGGAAUGUCACAGUAGCUUCUACCCAACUUCUGCUCUUGUAGCAAACUGUUUUGAUGAUGAUGAUGGUGAUAAUUCAAAGGAUGAAAAUGAAAUGAUUGAGUUUACAGAAGAAGCAUAUUGUUCUUCUUUUGAAGAUAUCACCCGUGGUAUCAGAUGCAGAAAGAGUGCAAUGCUUCCCCGUCGCCGUGCCACCAGACCUAAAGCUUAUCAUCGAUGGGAAAGACCAGUGGAAAAUAUCUGUAUGGCUAAAAAACUUUCUCCUCCUCUUGGUGGUGCCUCCAUGAGCAACAGGCUUGCCCCACCAGGUGCCUGCCAGGAUAAUGCCUCAAUGCCUCUUCUCCUGGACCUUCCCUGUAACUUUGAGGCAGAUAUAUAUCGUUCCUUAUAUUACGACCUUGAUUCCCUGACAUGCAUGACUCCUGUUGGUUCUUCAAUGGGUGCUUCCCAUCCUCACCGUAUUCGUGGUGUCCAUCUACAUGACUCAGUGGAACCUCAAGUAUCUGUUUUCAGUGUGCCCUUAAGUGGCUCCGUGAGCAAAAAGUGUGCCACUCCCCCUUCCCGCUUCCGCUCCCGGCUUGCCGUCUGUGAGCCUUCUCCCAUAAGUGCAAUUCAAAUCAAUUAUUCUGCCACCCCACAUUAUCCCUCAGCUCCUCCUGAAUUUGCAGAUUUUGGUUCCUCGGCCCCUGUAGCACUACAAAUGAAACUUGGUCUAAAAAAAAACAAAUUGUUAAAACGAAUGAGCAGACGUCACACAGUGGCUUGGAAUGAGCUGUUUGAACUUCAGCAUGAGGAUGGAUACUGGGAGUGCACAGACAGGCUGAGCAGCUUCCUCAACCUGGACAUAGACUUUUUUGCCAAUGUCUUCCUUAAGGAGAAAGGCAUUCGUUCUUUUGGUGUGAAGGCUCAUGCUGACAUUCUGAGGCUGGUGGCGACUCUGCUGGUGCUGCAGCUGAUCCGGGUGAAGAAGCUGGCAGUGGGACAGCUGCUCGAGUCUCUCCUCCGGCUGAAAGAGUCCCAGGAGCCCAGACCGAUGUACUGGGAAGCAGUGAAGAGGGCCGUGGACUGGGCCUGCCGGACAGACAGACAGUAUCCGUGUGUGUGCAGCAGGCUGGAGAUCGGCUGGGAUUGGGAAUCAUCUACACGUCAACUACUGGGCUGUGAUUCUCCACACCCAUAUUCCCCACUCAGACCUGUUCUGGAGAGACGUACAGGUGUAUCAGUCAUGUAGAAACUGGACAGACACUUCCCUCUUCAUUGACAGUUGCUGCUUCACUUUGCAGUUUGCCUAAUAUUGCUUGCUUAAUAAAUGUCUUUAUGAGACUCAAAAUUAUAUUUGGACACCUGAACUUAAUAAGAUGCUUGAAUUUCAUUGCAUUUAAAAGAAAAUAUUAAAAAAAGUGCCCUUUUUGCUAGAACCUUUUUUUCUGAACUAUUUUGUUCAGACAAUUGUCAAUGUGAUUUUUAGUGGCCAUUUGAAGUCAUUUCUCCUCAAAUUCACACUGAUGUUCAUUACAUUAACUAUGAUUAUGAUGCUGUAUGUUGUUUAUCAUAAAAAUUGAAUUUUAGUUGUGAAAUGUUUUACUGUUUUACUGCAUGUGCUGUCUUUUUUAAAUAAACUAAAUAAAAUAAAGAUAAAUAUAUU